AAUAUAAAUUAAGAGAUAAAUAGAAAUUUAAUUCAAGAUAUAAAAAGUUUAUUAGAGUCUAUCAAAAUGAAGAAUUAGAUGCGUAAAUAUUAUCACUAGAACUCUGAUAUAUAGGAAAAGGCAUAACAAUAAGAUGAUGAUAUUUUUGUCAAUAGAAACGAAGCAAGAUCUCCUUCCAAUUAUGCAUAUAAUUCGCCUAAUAGAAUGUAUAGAAAAACAGUUUAUCGCUAAAGAGGUACUUCCUAUGAUAAUUUCAUUAAGGAAGUAAAUGAUUUGCAUGGCAGAAAUAAAAAAAACUAAAAUAUUUUAGAUAAAUCAUUGAAUCUUCCAGACAAAGAAAUCUUAUCUCAUCGCAGCUCAUUAAAUCCAAACUCAAAAAAUUUAAUACGAAAGCUAGAUUUUUUACCUUAAUCAACAAAUGGCAUAGAUGAAAAGAAGAGUUCUCUUCGUGCUUAAUCCUUGGAUAAAAAUAAAUUAAGAGCUUCUCAUGGGAAUGUCUAGUUUUAAGACCACCAACAAUAGCAAUAACAAAUGCAAUAAUAAUAUUAGCAAAACACUUAGACUUAACCCCAAGAGAAUUAACUAAAAGAUCAAUACCUAGAUUCAUAUGUAGAUAAUAUAAACAAUAAAAAUUAUUUAGAAAAGAGAAAUUCUAGUUGCAAUAGUUAUUAUUAACAAAAUUCACCCAGGAGUUACUCUGAUUCAUAUACUCCUUCUCAUAUGCCUUGCUUUUCUUUAGAUUACUCAUUUUUAGAUGAUAUUUCUCCAAACGAUCCUAGAUUGUAAAGACUAUUAAAUGAUGAAGUUAUUACAAAUAAAACAAUAGAUGUUGCUAAACUUUUAGAUUAAAACCCUGAUUACUUCCAUCAUAUGUUCAGAAAUUGUGCUUGCUUUUAGUGUACUUGUGGACUUUGCAAAUGUGAGCACUCAAACUUGAAAUUAACUUAUAAACCAGGAUUUAAAACUAAUUAUAGAAAAGAUUAUAAUAAAAAAAGUUUUGAUAACACUCCUAGUAUCAAUCAAACUCACUACAAUUCACUAGGUCUUCAUAACCCAGAUAAUUUAAACCCUAACUUAUCCACUAACUAUCGUAGUGAUUACUAACCUUGGAAAGUAAGCAAACAGUCACCAAAAAGAGAUACUUAUAAACCAAGUGGCAAUCCUUUCUUUGCUUUAACAACUUAUAAUAGUAAUUUCAAAGAUUGGUAGAAUUAUGAUCCUAAUAAUAAAUCUCUUAAACCACUUGAUAAACAUGUAUUUGGUUUACCAUUUGCAAAUACAACGACAUAUAAAGAUAACUAUAAUGUUAAAGAUUUAUUAAAUCCGUUAACCGCCAGAGAUAUUAAAGCUUAGUUACAAGGAUCUCCUUUAUUGAAGGGAUACUAACCUCAACAUAGUACAGAAUAUAAUAGCAAUUACAUCGGAAAGAAUCCUUAUGAUAGAUCUCCUAAUAAGAAUCUCUCAGAUACAUCAAGAGCACCAGGAAUACCAUCUUUCCCAGAUUAAUUUAAAAGUACAUUUAUGAAUGAUUUCAAUAAUAAAAGAAGAUUAAAUGACUGUCCUGUGAAAACAUAAAAAUAUGCAACAAAACCAUGGAAACUCAAAUUACUUACAAAAAUAAAUUAAUUCAGAAAUACUAAUUAAAGUAGUAAUUAUAAUCAUACCUAAGGAGAAAUUAAACUAAAUUAGAUUAACAACUCAAACAUUUCUUAUAGCCCUUAAAAAUAAAAUUGA